AUGGAACUUAAGUCAAAUUUUGGUACUUCUUAAGGUUCUUUAGAUUCAGAUCGAUCUGUUUUUGAGAAACUAUAGAUGGAAAUGAAAGGAGUAUUUUUCCGUGUCAUUUCAUUGAUGUUAAAAGAUGAAGAGCAAUCUAUAGUUUUAACAUGUAUAGGAAUAUUGAUACAAUACACAUAAAUUACAUAUAUAAUCUUUAAUCGUAAGAUUUGGAAGGUAUGGUAAAAUGAAAUCUUAACAAAACAAUUGAACAAAAUCUUCGGGUAUUGAUGAAUAAUUUAUUUAAUAGGUAUGUCCUUUUAACACCUUAUUUUGAAAUGACUAGUUUUGGAGGAUUUGUAGCUAUGAUCUAUGUAAGUUUAGGAUUACUCUUAUUUGCUUUAAUGCUUGUAUUUUUACUUAGUUAUAGUAUCAGUAAAUCAAAAUCUUCAUUUACAUGGCCAAUCAUGUUGUUAAGAUUUUUAAUGACUUUAUUUUUACAAGUACUAUACAUGCCAAUAAUUGAUAUGCUUUUCUCAAUGUUAUCAUGUGUUGACGAUUAAAAUGGUAAAAUUAUACAUUAACUUUUUGAUAUUGAAUGUUGGGUAAAUAUUCAUAUUGUCCAUUCUGUAGUUGCUAUUUUUGGUGUUAUUUUUUACUUUAUACUUUGUUUACUUUUCACUUUAUUAUAUUUUGAACCUAGAUAUAAACCACAUGAAGCUACUUCUAAAUAAAGUGGAAGGGCUAAUGCUAUUUUCCUUAUUUACUAAUUUAUUAUGGUCAUUUCUUAUACUUUCAUGAAUGGUAAAAGUUAUGAUUAUUUAAUGAUUCUUAUCAUGUUAAUUGGGAGUUUUAUUAUCUUUUGGAAAAUACAUAUUGAAUAACCUUUUAAUAAUUUUUAUAUUCAAAAAGCUUGGUCUAUGCUUGUUGCAUUAAAUUUAUGGGGAGUUAUUCUUAUUUGUUUUGCUAAAUUUCUUGAAGGAAUAUUAUUUCAAGGUACUAUUUAUGCUUGGAUUGCUGGUGUACCUCUUAUGAUUGCUGCUAUUAUUAAAAGCGAUAAAUUACAUUAUGAUUUACUCUUAUUAAAUCUUAAUAAAGUUUAAGAUCCUGAUCAAAUUGUUUCAUUAACUAAUCAUUUACUCAAACUUCUUUAUAAAAGUCCACUCAAUUCUCAUUCCUCACUCCUUAUUGAUGGUUUCUUAGAAAUUCAUAAAGCUACAUGUACUAGAGAAGAUUGUUAUCUUAAAUAAAAAAAAAUAAUCAAUUAAAGAUAAUAAAAACCACUCUUUAAAGAAGGCACUAUUUCUGAAAGAGAUGUAGAUCUUCUUAUGAUUAUGGCAUAAAUUUAUUUUAACCAGAUCAAAAAGUUCCCUAAUGAAAUCAAUCUAAGAAUUCGUUAUGCCUUUUUCUUAUUAGAUAAUAUGAAAUAAAGGUAACAGGCUAUUAAUGAACUCAUCUAAGCUGAAUCCCUCAAUCCUACUCUUGAUAAUGAUUUCAUAAUCUUUAGAUACAAAAGAAUUAUAGAAGAAGAAAUUAAUGCAGCUUAAAAUGAAUCAUUUGGCAAUCUUGAUAUCGCAAGUGAAUUAGCAUUUUAAAAUAAUAUGAGAUAAUUUUAAAAUAAAAUAGAAAGAGCAACAUUAAUGCAUAUGGACUUUUGGUCAUAAUUAUAAGAAGAUUCUCCUGAUUUAGGUAAAAUGAAUGAAAUCGGAUACAAAAUUAAUUUAGCUAUUCUUUAAGUUGAAGAUUUAUGGAAUAAAAUGUAAAAAUUAACUUAAAAUCUACCUAAAGCUAUGAGAUUAUAUGCUAAAUUUAUUAUUGAAGUACUUUAAGAUAAAGAUUUUGGAGAAGAAUUAUUAGAAAAAUCAAAAAAAUUAUAACAAUAAAAUAAUAAGAUGAAAAAUAAAUAAAUUAUUUAAUUAAUUAGUAGUGAUGAAAUUGGAUAUGAAUCUUAACCUAUCUUAUUGGUCUCAGCUUCAUAAGAAAAGUUUGCAUAAAUAACAAAUUUAAAUUUGGCUGCUUGUAAUUUAUUUGGAUACAAUAAAUCUGAAAUGAUAAAUAGAAAAAUCAAUAUUUUUAUGCCUAAUUUAUAUUCUAAAUUCCAUGAUGCUUAUGUUGAAAAUUUCCUUUAAUCUAAUGAUAAUAAAAAUAUUAAUAAGGAUAGAUUAAUUUAUAUUAAAAUGAAGUCUAAUUACAUCAUGCCAUGUUAUAUUUAUUUGAAAAUAAUUUAAUCAUUAGAUGAAAAUGUAUAAUUAGCUGCUUAAUUUAGAGUGCUUAAAAGCUUUAAACCAUCCUGCUAUUUAAUUUUAGAUAAUGAAGAAAUAAUCGAUUCUCUUUCAUCAUCUUGUAUUCCUUUAUUAAAUCUCGACUCUAAAUAAAUCUCUCAUAAAAAAACUUCAAUUACAGAAAUCUUUCCAAAUUAUAUUCAACAAAAGGAGUUGUUUCUAUCUAAAACAGGAGGACCAAUAUUAUUCAAUUUAGCUUCUUCCUCUGUUAUAAGUAAUAGUUAACUGGCUUCUUAAGAAUUCGAUGAAGGUGAAAAAAAGAAUGAAUGUAUAUAAUUUUAAUGUUUUACAAAUGAAGUAUUUAAUGAGUUAAAAGACCAAGUUGUAGGAUAUAUAGUAAAAUUAGAAUAACAAAUUUAAGAUAUGAGUAUGAAUUUAGAAAUCAAUCAACCUUAUUAAAAAGCAAUAAUAAAUAGUAUGCAAUUUAAAUUCAACCCAUAGAGAUGCUUAUAUUAAGGAGAAUUUGUAUGUGAAACUAAUUCUCAACGAGUGGAUUAAACUAUUCUUUGGGAUCAAAAUGAUUAGUCAUCAAUGAUUUCAUCACUUUAAUAAGGAGGUGAUUUGAUAAAAUCUUAAAUAAAAUCAGAAAAAUCAGAUGAAGUGAAUAUUCUAACUUAAACUAAAAUUAAUUAUGCUGAAGGAAUUAAAUUAGUAAGACUAUUUGAAAACAGAGUUUAAGAAAUUGAUGAUAGAGAAGAUAUGAUUUCUGAAGAUGAUGAUCAAUAAGGAAGGAGUGUAUUUUAAAGAUAGUAGGAUGUAGAUAAUGAUUUAGAUGGAUAAAUAUAAGAUUUUAAUAAUAUUUUUAAGUCAAGAAAAAAUCUAUCUUCAAUAGUAAAUAAUUAAAUUACUCCUUAAGAACUUAAAAAAUUAAAUUGGACUACUAAUUUCAUUAUACUUUCUUUAGUAGCAUUGAGUUUUUCAGAAUUCUUUGUUAGUUAAGCUUUAUAUAAUGAAAUUUAUUAGACUGUAGAACUUGUUGAAUAGACUAAUUAAAGAACAGCUGAAUUACAUUCUAUAUUAUCUUCAGUUCAGAACCUUUAAAUGUUAAAUUUAAAUAUUUGGUAAAUGAAUACGACAGAAGCUAUUAAUGCAUUUGAAAAAACUUAAAAAACACUACUCAAUAAUUCAAUACAAUUAGUUUCUUAAUUAAACAAAAACUUAAUGCUUUCAGAUAUAUUUAUUAGUGAUGAAUUAAAUGAAUUACAAAAAUAGGAUGUAGUGAGGAUCAAAUUUGCAGAUUAAUAUGAAACUUAUGAUAUUAUGGAAGCUACAGAAUAAAUAGUAAGUAAGGCAUUAAAUAUAAGAGAGAAAUAAUUAUCUAAAAUAGUAUAUGAAGAUGAUGAUGUUGAAUUUAUACUUUAUAAUCUUUUAAAUGAUUUAGUAUUUUAAUUGAGAAAUUCAAGUAAUUUAUAUGCAAAAGGUUUGACUCAAAAAACUAAGAAUAAAUAGAGCCUCGAAAUAAUUUUAGGAAUAUCAGCAGGAGCUUUAGGUUUUGGAUUAUUAGUAUUAAUAAUAAUUACACUAUCAGUAAAUAAAAUUCAAGAGGAGAUUCUAUCAAUGUUCUUAGAUAUUCCAGACAAAACAGUCAAAUACUUAUAUAAUAAAAGUGAAAAUUUUAUAUCAAAUCUUUAGAUAGGUGAAGAUGAUGAUAUAUUAUCAGAAUUAGAUGAAUUAGAAAAGGAAGAAUUAGAAGAAUUAAACAGAACAUUAAAGAGUAAGAGAAAGAAGAAAAAAUUUAAAAAUACAAAUAAAGAUUAGAGAAAUUAUAUUUUUGCAUUUUUUUUUGUAAUUCUUCUUCUAUAAGCUUACUUUAUUUUCAAUUACUUUAUUAGUGAUACUUUAUUAAGCAAUUUAGAAUAAUUAGUACCAGAAAUAAAUGCUACAUGUAGAGCUGAAGGUUUUUAUAGAUUUUGUGAUAAUGCUUAAAGAUCAUUAUAUAUAAAUCGAAAUAUAACAAUAGAGAAUUAGGAUGCAUACACAAUUGUUAAAUAGAAUGUAGAUAAACUUUAUGCUCUUGAUUCUUCAAUACAUUAAGAACACUCUUUGAAUGUUGAAAUUACAAAUUCUAUAUAUGCAAAUGCAUUUAAAGAAAUAUUUAUGUUGUAACCUUGUACAAUCCUUUCAUCUUAUUUGUAAAAUUUAUCUGAAGCUGAUUGUUAAGCCUUUGCUGAUGGAGCAAUAUAUUAAGGUAUGGCUGUUGGAAUAGCAAGAUAUUUUGAGAAUUUAAGAUAUAUGAUGACAAUUUAUGAUUAAUUUUGGAAUAAUUCAAAAGCUAAUUUUACAGCAAUAGCCAGAGGAUUUACAACAUUUAAAAAUAUAACAAAAAAUUAAGACAAUAUUAGUAAUUAUAUUCUUAAUUUAAAUAAUUUUAAUUAAUCUAAAGAAGCACGAACAAUUUAAGAAAUAUAUAAUAGAGGUAUAAAAAAGAUAUAAUAAAUUUAGGCACAUUUAGAUAUUUAAUAAAAUAAUUGAAAACUUCAAUUAAUUAAGACAUUGAGGAUAUUAAAACAUAGAGAUUGGCAUUGUUUAUAGUAUUUGAAGUGCUUUUAUUUAUAAUUUAUUUUAUGUUGUGGUUACCUCUCGUUUUGAAAAUGACUAGAGAUGUUUGGAGAACAAGAUCAAUGAUAAUGAUGAUACCUUUAAAAGUAAUCUAAAAAAUUAGAUCAAUUAAACAAUUUAUCAAAGAUUUCUUAAACACUAGAGAAUUAGAAAUUUGA